UAGUCAGGCACCCUUCGUCGCCUCCCUCAAGUUUUCCAUUUGAAAUAUUCGCCCCAGUUUGUAUGACGUCUCGGUUUCUGCAAAAUAAAUUUUAAUUCAUUUCCGCCGUUCUUGAUGACAUGAACAAGUACGACACCUUGUUUGGGAAGUCGUGUUACAUGUACAUGAUCUAGGAUGGCUGACCCCCUUGCUGUAGAAUGGAAUCACCCGGGUGCCUAUCAAGUCCCUUCAGACACGGAACAGACAAGUUUGGGCUCUGGGUGGUUUCAGCAUGUAAAGGAUCUGCAUGUGCAAGUGGAGAACUACAUGAAAGCGCUGCCGGUGAACGAAGAAAGCAUUAAGAAGGCUGUGGACACGAUCGUCCAGGUGGACUGCCCUCUGCCCGCAAAAUUCUCCAAGAUCAGCAUCACUGACCUCCUCAAGAAAAACAAGAACAUCAGGGGUGACAAGAGUCUAUCUACAUUAGUCUCAGCUUUGGGACUCCUGGAAAAGUACGGGCGCAAUUUACUGAAACCCGAACGUCCGCCACUGUGGAAGUGCAUCUACUUUGCAAAUAGUGUCUUCCGCACCAGAGUAGACAUCAUCAAAGGUGCAAGAGAUGUUUUGAAGCUUAUGGGCUAUUCAGAGGUGGUAGAAGAUGGUCUGAGUUUCCCUUCAGAUCUGGCAUCACCCAACUUGGAUCUGGUUGCCAUUGUAACAGCUGACUUGGCAAUUUCCAGGAGAGAGCUGGAAUUGUAUCAUCAGGGAGAGCACCCUCAUUCCUACCGUGUCAAGGAUUGCUUGGAGGGAACAAUGGCCAUGAUUCAGGUUCCUGGCGACUCUCCGACAGGCCGACCUCAGAACAUCUUUCUGAGACGUCAGGCGCACGGCACCAGGACCAUCUAUGAAAAUGUGGUACCACCUCCCGAGGGAGACAUUUUGGAGCAGUUCUGUCAACUGUUGGACCUCGAAGGCAAGGAAUCUGGAUCGCCUGCAUCUGAGCUGCCACCAGGCAGUGAUGCUCAGCAUGAUCCCAGACCAGCCUCAGCUGAAGCUCCCACCAAACCUAAGCCAGUCACCUCUGCAAAUCCAGCAUCACAGGUUGAGGGCAUUGUGCACAGGAUAGGAGAUACAGUGCCACGCUCCAUGCCCACCAAGGGGGAAACUGGGCUUGGCUACUUCACAAAGACACCUAAGAAUGUUACGCAGCCUCAGACAACAGCUUCAAACACAGAACAGCAAUCUACACCAGUGCUGUCUCAGGCAAUUUCUCAGAACACUGUAAUUGGGACAGACAAGUCCAGUGACUGUGUGAUGUGUGGUAAAACUACCGCCAAGUUUCAGUGUAGCACCUGCUCUGGACUACGAUGCGAAUCCUGCGACAAACAGUGGCAUAUUCAUCCGACCCGGCGCACCCACCAGCGGAAAGUGAUUGAGCCCACCCCGCUUAUCGAUGCAACCACGUCCAAGUCACCAGUGCCCAUUCUUCUCUGUCAUGUGUGCGGAAUUCAGCAGUCGUCUGUAUUCUGCACAGACUGCAGCAGCUCCACCUGCAGCGGCAAGUACUGCAGUGAUUGCGACAGGGUGUACCAUGGACACCCACAGCGGCAGAAUCACAGCAGACAGCCACUGAAGGCGAAGAGUUCAGAACCAGUUGACAAACCACCACCUGAAAAUAUUGUGCUGUCUCCAGUCAAUGUCACCUCCUCACAAGAUUCUCCCCAGUCGACAGAAGCAAGUCCUGCAGCAGCAAAGAAAAGACCUGUCCCUGCACCCAGACGCUCUGUCAAGAAAGAAUCAACAGCAAAGGAACCCUCUGUGUCCCAGAUACCCGAAGGAAAAGCUACAUCGAGUGAUGAUGUUUUCACGUUGGACAAAGCAAAUGAGAUUCAAUCAGAUGUCAAACAUCCGCCCCAGGAAACAAUCGUCCGAUCCCAAUCUGAUUCAGCAUUUGUGGAUGCUUCAUGUGUCCCCGUGUCUCCUAAAGCUUACCACUCACUCCCCUCCUCCAAGAGAGAUCUGACAUCAGAAAUUGAAGCUCUAGUCCGGAAGGACAUUGAGAUCCUCCAGCAGAUCCAAGUGCAGCGAAAUGUCAUGAUAACCUGUGACCCCAAUUCCCCCGUGUAUGAAACCUUGGCGGCAAGAAUGAGCUCCCUGGUGAGCGGUCACGAGAGGAUCUUGAAACAGCAAAAAGAUCUAGAAUUAUUGGCAAAAGUCCAGUCCACCUCAGCAGAGAUUGCUGUGAGUAAACUGCAAGGAGAGAAUGUUGAGGUCAGGUAUCCACCAUCAGAGAGUUACAAGGACUUGCCUUCCCAGCAAUCAAGCACCACUCCUGCAACUCAGAUAAAGUACCCCCCAACCGAUGUUACAACCACAAAUAACACCACCAGACUGCAUCAUCAAGGAACCAGUGGGGUGGAGCCACUCAAGCAGGUUAAUCAAUCGACCGGUUCACAGCCUGUGUCUGUUGGAAUACCACUCACUUUCAUGCAAGAGGAGCCUACAUCAAAGCCUUCCAUUCCAGCAAAGCCACCAGUGGUUGUACCCAUGACUCAGUCAUCUCAGUCUCGGUCAGUUACUACAUCAGGCCCAACGCCCUCUGUCAGAAAUCACUUAGCAGUCAGUCCAACUAGGCCCCUGGUGGUGGGUAAUGGCACCCCGACUGCACAGCCAGGGAAAGUUCAACAGAUGAUGAAUCGCAUCAGCGCGGCAACCACGGUCACAGGUGCACCAGACGGCAGCCAAGUACCCCUCAAUGGCAGCCAGUCAGCAGCAGGAGCUUGGGUUUGCCUGCAGUGCGGCAAUCACAACACAGCUUCGGCUGCAGCCGUCUGCAUGACGUGCCGAGCUCCCAUGCCAACAGGUGCCACGCAGAAACUUUCCGUGGCAGCUUUAGGUCAGCAGCUAGGCCCUGUUCUAUCCAUGGUUGCUAUGCCACGCCCACUGCAGCAGCCUUCGUACCAGGCCAGUGUGAGACCAGCACGGACUGAACCACCUGCUCCGGCAGACAUUCCAGCUGUGACUCUUCCAACGUUGCCACCCACUCAGCCGGAGACAAUCAGCGUCUUCACUUAUCUACAGAUGGAGGAGGAGGCUAUGCUGAAGGAAAAACAAAAGGCAAAGGAAGAAUAUGAAAGUCGUAUGGCAGCUGAGAUUGAGGAGAAAGCCAAGAUGCCAUCGCCUCCACCGAGAAUCAAAAAAGAAUUGAAACAGGCUCCAGCAGACGCCCCUGUAUCACCUCGGAUGAAACAAGCACCCAGCCAAGUAACAGGUGAUGCUCUCCUAAAGCCACACCCACAGGAAGUCUCGACCCCAGUGAGGUCAACAUCUCCAAGAAGUCCUCACAUCAUGUGGGUAGAAGAGAAGAGGCGAUUGGACGAGCAGCGAUCUCAGAGCCUGGAAUUCAUUCAAAUGUUGCGGGAAGCGGAAGAUGAAGGGUUUUUACCUGAAGAGGUUAGUGCUGCUUCACAGCAGAUGCAGGGGAAUGGAGGGCAGACAGGCGAUGAACUUCUCUGGCUCCAAGGUAACUGGGAUGACUACAUCUCCACGGUAACCACCAUGGCAACCAAUCACUUGAAGAAGGAGGUUGGGAAGAGUGUUGGCAUGGUGAGGAGGCAGGAAGCGAAACAGGCACUCCAGAUGCAUCUUGGCAGUGUGAAGAAAGCUGUUGAAGAAUGUGUCACCAGCCUGCAGAGUAGGGUCCUGAGCCUAGUGGACCUUGGCUUCCCUCACAAACGCGUGUGUGAGUUGCUUUGCAGUCGCGACGGAGGAGAGGACGGUGUAUUGAUCCAACUCCAGAAAGAGAGAGCCCAGGACUUUGUCGACCGCAUCUGGACACCCGAGAAGGUGGAAUAUCAGGAGAAGCUGAUUGUUGACCUUGGUGUGGAUCGACACCCUGACACAGUUGAGAGGCGACUUCGCAUCUUGUUAGCUGAAUUUGAGCUGCCUAGCUGGGGCCGCGCUAUCACCGCAACCAAACUGAUCGACAUGGCAAAAUACAACACUGGUGAUGCAAUCAUCGCAGCCAAGGAAUGCGGCGAUUUUGAAAGAGCCAAACAGUUCUUGGAAAAGGAAUGUCAAGUUUGUUUUGCACAGUUCCCUAUGAAUAAGUUGAGUACGUUAAUCAACUGUCAGUGCAUGAUCUGCUUGGAAUGUCUUCAUGGUCACUUCCACUUCGUCAUCACCACUCGAAAUAUUGUAAAUGCCAAGUGUCCCGUGUGUGAUCAGCCAGAUCUCCGUGGCGAUGAUCAGAAUGCUACAGCAAGUUACUUCGCAUUUCUUGACCUGCUGCUGAAAGGUAUCCUUGAAGCUGAAGCCUAUCAGUUAUUUCAGACCAAGAUGCGAGACUGGAAUCUGAUGAAAGAAGACAAUUUUAGGUGGUGCGCUCACUGUGGCAAUGGUUUCAUCAACGAAGCUCCAGGUCGACGCAAGAUGCGUUGCAACGAAUGCGGCAAGGUCACAUGCUUUCAGUGCAAGAAACCGUGGAUGGAUCAGCAUGAAAACACAUCUUGUGCCGACUUUCAGGCUUGGAAAGAGGCUAAUGAUCCCAAUAGACAAGCCGAGGGACUAGCCAUUCAUCUGAGAGAGAAUGGGAUAGAUUGUCCCCACUGCAAGAUGAGGUAUGAGUUGGCCAAGGGGGGCUGUAUGCACUUCAAGUGUGGCCAGUGCACUCAUGAAUUCUGCUGUGGCUGUAGCAGUCCGUACAAAAGAGGAAAUGAGUGCGGGCGGUUUGCGUCAUGCAGGGACAAAGGUAUCCAUGCUCAUCACCCUAGAGAUUGUCUGUUCUAUCUCAGAGAUCAAGACAUCAAGUCAUUGCAGAAGCUUCUACAGAAACACAACGUUGAGUAUAAACGUGACAAUCCAGCUGCUCAACAGACAGUUUGUAGUGUAAUGGAGCAGCGGGAGACUCCAGACGGUCUUCAAGAUGUUCAGUGUGGGAGAGAUGUAGUGAAUGCUGCACUCUGUCAACUUCAUUACAAGGAGUACCUUGUGAGCUUGAUCAAUCAGAACCAUAUUGACCCAGUGGAGGAGUACAAGUGUGACGACCUUUCUCUCAUCCUGAAACGGCAUGAGUUUGCCGUGCCAGCCAGAGUAAACAGGGAGAAUGAGGAAGCCUACAGGACUCGACUUCUUCAGGAAGUGAAAGAAAAACUUCCCUUGGAGAAGAAGAAUCCUCGAGACAGAACCCAGUCGCUUUGAAUGGUUUAUCUGUGUGAAAUGUUAACUUUUAGCAUGAUCUCCACAGAGCACCUGCCCAACAGAGAUUUAUCCGUAAUGCCCCCAGGAAGGAAGUGAUUUGACCAAGUAGGAUUGAUUAAUACCAUUCGUUGGUAUGGGGACAAAUGGGGUCAUGCCCAUCCCCAAAGGGACAAAAAGUUUUUGCCAGUUUGGGGGGCGUUUUCAAUGCUUUCCUCCUCAGUGCGUGUAAAAAGCCCCCACGAUUUCACUUUCAUCCUAUUAGAAGGUCACAAAAAAUUUUAUGAAGAAAUUCCCAAAUAUUGUGCCUCCCCACCCCUCAAAAACUUUGCCCUUUCCCCAACAAAAUUCGUGUCUGGAUCAUACCUUGUACCAUGCAUGCCUUGAUCUUGUUGCAUUAAAUCCAUUUCCAACUUCAUCUUUUUGGGCAGAGCAUCAGCCCCAAAAGGAUUCUUUCAAGAGAACAACCUAAUUGAAUGCUACCAAUAUUAAAUCUUAACUGUGUAAGUGGUGGAUGAUAACAGCACCUUUGUAAUCAGGUCAAUCAAAUGUAAACAGCCAGUUAUCUACGUGUAUGUAAUCAAUGUUACUGUAUUGCUGUAAACGUUUGAUCUAGCAUGAGGUUGUGGGUUUCGAGUCCUACCUGAAUAAGCUUGUGACUUUUUCUCACAAUCCUCUCCACAACAUUGAGUGUGGAGUGUUCGUGUGCGUCGGCAAAGCCCCUCCCCAAAAAGCCCAAUAUAGAAUGUUGACAUAGCAUUUACCCAGAGUUUUAUCAUUGUUACAUCAAGAGACAAAGGUUACAAUUACCGUCGGUAAAUUGUUAAUUAGAUACCAAGGGGUGCUGGACAGCAUUUAUUCUGAGUUAAUACUGAAAUGACAUCGCUAGAGGGCAGAGCGAAAUAUUCCGAAGUUUUAGAGGUUUGUUCAUUUUCGGAAAAUAUCACUGUUGGAGUGAGAGGCUAAUGGAGUUAGUAGCUGAGUAACUGAUACACACAGUUGGGCUUCACUGCAAUUACAAAAACUGGGUUUGGGUUUGGGUUUGAGCUACAAAUAUCUCAAAUAAUGUUCAUCACAGAAUAACGUCAUGACUGAAAAACGGGGGAAAUAGUACUCCGUGUUACAUCACUACACGUGUAUUAUUUGACAUCGUUGAUUUUGCUGAACUUUUAAAGACAUAGAUGUGUUUUCAUUUGUUUUCGAAUUAAAUCACAUAUUCAUUAAACCUCCAUUGAGUUUGCCAUAUUUGGGCCUUCAGGAUAAUACAUGCUCACAUACAACGGUGGGGUAGUGUUUUGUUGCAGCCGUAUGUUACUCAACAGAAGCUUGAAAUUUAACUCUUAAUAUCCCAUCAAGCUGGAUGGCAGACAGGUCAUUACGGCUACAUAAAGACCACACAGUGACACGUGAAAUUGAAAAAUCAAGCCUCACCUUGCUUAAAUAAGGGAAAUCUCAAAUGGCGUUUUCUGGUGACUUUUAUUCUUACCUUUUGAUCCGUAGGAGGUGAUUUUCGAGUUAAUGGAGUUGAAGUGGUAAUGGUGUGCGCGUGUGGUUGCAUAAUGAAACCAUUAACGUUGCCACCCUCGAGACAUAUCGGAAAGUCUGUCAGUCUUUAUUUCGAUGGAUGCUUAGGUAACUGGUUGCCCUAGCAAUCUUGCUUUAACAUUUUAGGCUCUCUGUUACGCCUGGUUUAACAGGUGGAAGAAAUGCCAUAAUUUACUUAUUUUCUAUUUAGUCAUUUAUAGGAAAAUACAUAACAUCUAACGAUGUACUAAAAGUUUUUUCUGUUUUCCUAUUUCUCAUGGUAACAAGGAUGUGGUUAUUUCAAUAGCAACAGUUCGGAGGUCCAUAGUAUUUCCUGAAUUUGGAUUUGGUUUUACUUGAGUAUUUAGUAAAUUUCGUACCAAGCUUUUUCUCUCUCUGGUGUAAACCACAUGUGAAUUCAUUGUUUUUUUGAAAAAUUUACUUUUUCGGGCAGCUAUUGAGAAAGUACAGAGUUAAGUUUAACUUUUUUUAAAUUGUCAGAAAAUACGCUGUGAUAUUUAUUUGUGUUGAAAUUUAAAAUUAUUGGCUGUAACCCGAAUAAGCCAGCCUACGCUUUGUUGACACUGUAAUUUCAAAUGGAUUUUAUUUGAUCGUUCGAUCGCUUGCAGUACUGUACCGCUGUACAUAACUAGCUUUAAUGCUGUUUGUAUAUAUGCCGUAACUUACCGUGAUUUCAAUGAAAUAAAACUUCUUUGUAGUUAACCGC